AUGGAUCCGAUUCCAACAUGGGUGCAGAGACUCUGGGACACAUGGGAUCUUCGAGUACUGGUUCUACGUAGCUUUACUUUACAGGUCAUUCUUUCCAUAUUUGGAGGUCGUAGAAAGCAUAUAUCGUCACUUUGGAUUAAUAGUGUCCUAGUUUGGUCAGCCUACUUAAUGGCCGAUUGGGUGGCGACUGUUGCUCUCGUCAAGCUCUCGGACGCCCAAGGCAAUCAGGAAAAAAGCAACGUAUUAUGGGCCAUAUGGGCACCGCUGCUUUUGCUACACCUUGGUAGCCCCGACAGCAUAACUGCUUACUCUUUGGAAGAUAAUCAGUUAUGGAUGAGGCACCUGAUGGGAUUAGCGGUUCAAAUUUUCGUUGCGAUUUAUGUCUUUCUAAUGUCGUGGAAAAAUUCAUGGUUCUCGUUCAUGUCAAUUCCGGCGUUAGUAGCGGGAAUUAUAAAGUACGGGGAGAGAACUUGGGUUCUCAAGUCGGUGAGCGACGAUAAAUACAUACAUAGAAUACCCUUCGGUAGUCUUAAAGAUAAAUAUCCAACCGAGGGUCAUGACUAUGUGCGGGUUUUAGUUGUGGCUCAUGAACAUCUGAAGAACUUUAUGGAGUAUUUAGAGAGUGAGGGCUCACGUGGGGGGUACCACUGGGGUAAUAUGGAAACUAGUAAUAUUUUGCGGUAUGCACUGGAGGUUCAAAUGGGUCUCAUGUCUGACUUGUUAUAUACAAAGGCCGCAGUAAUAUACAAUAAGAGAGGUUUUGUUAUGCGAUGUAUCAGCUUUGGACGUACGGUGAGUGUGUUAGUAGGAUCAACCAUUCAGAUUGUAAUUUUAAAGACCAGGGAAGAAGAUGAUGAAGAGAGUACUUGGCAUGAGAUUGAUAUUGCAAUUACAGGGAUAUUAACAGUAGGAGCUCUAGCUUUGGAGAUUUAUGCAGCCAUUGUAAUAUUAUCCUCUAAUUGGGGAAUGCUUUGGCUAAUUUCACAAGUUGAAGAGCCAGCUCAUGUUCAAAGUCGAAGUAGAACACUUAUCAGGUGGGUUUUAGGGCGUAAUUAUGAGGAAAUAUGGAAUAGAUAUCGACACAAGACCUCAUGUUCUGUACAUCCUCUGAGACACCAGCUAUCGAUGGAAAUUGCUUGUCGAAUGUUUGGAGGGACUGGAAAAGCCGAAGAGAUGGGAAAUAAUCAAACUAAAGUGGUUGACGACGCUACACGAAACAACUAG